GUCGUGGAAGCUGGUGCAGACCAGGGUCACCGAUUUCUCGGCAGUGCGCAGCAUAUUAACUGCGUCGGCCACCGUGCAUGGUUGCGUCUUGAUGAUGGUCUGGUCCUCCAAGGGCGGGAACGGCACCAGGAAGGAUGUCCCCGUCAUCAGAAAGGCAUCGACAAAGAGGGACUCGCUGACAUUCAACGUCUUCAGUAUGUGCUUCUUGGAAACCGCAUACACCAUCUUGGCAUCCCAGUCAAUGGUCCGGAUGACGCAGUCCCGGAUGGGGUACAGCAGAAGCUCCGAGGACCCCAUGAUGCCGGCGCACUGGUCCGAAUCGCAUAA